AUGAACGGGAAACGUACGCGAGUACGUAAGGUUUGCACACUCUGGACACACGAUGACAACUUCUCGAAGGAUGACGUUGUCUUCAACAGCGACAAAUUCUCAGAGCUCCCAGCCGCGCCAGGGUCCUUGAUACAAGUCAUAGCCCUCAAAUACGGCACAGCUACCCGUGACUUCCAGUCGUCAUCAAGGAACCUCGAGAAGGAUGGUACACAGACGAAACACGAAGAUCCCAAUGAUGCAGCCACGGACGUGCAUUCACGACGGAGUCGUAAAGAGUCUAUUAAGGUCACGCUCGAUGAGAAUGGAUCGGUCAUUCAAGAAGAUCGCGAAGUGGAUACUGACAAGUCAUACAUUUUUGUUGCAAAACCCUUCCCUACCGAAUUGAAAUCAAAGCAUUCCAACUUGCAAGUCUCCAUCGCCGAGAAGAUCGCUAAAGUAUUCGGACUGCGCAAUCGUAUGCAGGUUGUUGUUACGCUGGCCGACGAGCACAAGCACUCUGCCUCCCACGUGGAGGUCACCUUUCGUGAUGAAUACCUGGCAAGAGCCGAUAUGUGGCGCAUGUCGAUAGCAGAGUUGAGUAACCGUACAGUCUAUCGAGGGCAAAAGCUGCUCUUCAUGGGGACGAUCAAGGCAACAGUGAAGAAUGUAUACAUCAACGGACAGUCCACUCACUCCGGUUACUUUUCAUCCAUGACAAAGCCUGUGUUUCGCAGCGAAUCUGCUCGUUACGUGCUCUUUAUACAGAUGUCCAAGGAAAUGUGGGAUUUCGACGCCGAGGGUGCUGGAGAGAUCAUGUUUAACAAGGUGGUGAAUGGCUUUCUACCGGACCUCUUCAAGCGUUGGCUGAGAAUCAACGCGAGACAUCUUGUGACAAUCAUAUUGUUCACCAGGAUGCAGUAUGAUCCUGAAAUCACACCGAAGCAACCUAUUGAUACCACGAAUAACAACGGUUUCGACAGUCGGACUGGUCGCUUCCGCGACUACUAUCGUGUGGUUGUCUCCGACAUGGCCAGCGGGGAUUGGGUCAAUAUUCUAUAUCAGCUAAAGAAAGAAUUCCGGUCAUUCCUCAAGGAUGUCUCCCUCAUUCCUAGGCAAGACUAUUCGUUCUCGAAAGCAGCGAUCACGACUCCUGGUGAGACAGAACCUCAAUUCAUCAUUGCCGGUAAACCGUCUACAGCUGCUCAGGGCAAUAUUCUCGAAGCGAUCAACUUGGCUAGUGCCCAGUUUGCAAAGGACUAUAUUGACCGAGACCUGGUCCGAACCGGCAUCUCUGUCAUCGUUGUUACUGCGGGCACUGGUGUCUUCGAGGUCGAUUACAAUAUGCUCAAAUUAACGACUGACACCCUUGUCGGGUCUGGCAUAGGUAUAGAUCUCGUAUGUCUGUCGCCGAUGCCACUGCAUUCUGUGCCACUCUUUAAAUACCGCAACCCUCAUUCUAUAUCGAGUAUGCAGAGUGAGGCACACGACGGCCAUGACAAAAGUAAUUCUGUCAACGACUUUGAAUACUACGACGAGAAGACGCCUCGCCAGCACCAACCAAAAUUCGGAUCGAUGAUACGAAGAUCUCCUCUACACGUCCCGCCUAUCAUUCUCGGAGGUAUACCAGAUGCUCAGGACCAGGACGAAUGGCGGUAUGCAAUGCCACACUGGGUCGAUGUGUCAUUCUGGUCCGGUCCAUUUGAAGAAAUCCUUGAGCUUGCCAAAGUACGGAAAUCCGACAAAAUCGUCAAAAAGGUGCAGGAGAAGAGUGGGUCUUUUGCACUUAGGUGUCGUAUGUAUGAGCUACAGAUGAUGGGGGUAACGGAGAACGAAUUGGGCGACAUAUCGAUACCAUAUCUGGAAGAAGAUCCGUUUUACCCUCAGCGACUGCGCGAGAAAUUGGAAACUCCGUCAACCGCUGUUACCCGUAUCACGCGAGACGUGACAGUAGCCACAGGGACACUUCCAUCGAAUGAAACCGAAGACAAACCCGAAAAUGAGCUUGAGGAGAUCAAACAGUUGCUUGAAAGGUGGAUGGACGAUUUUGACAGCAAUGUGUUCACACCUCGGAUGGACAAAAAUAUGCGCCAUGACCAAGACCAUCCAGUAAAGCAAUUCAGUAUUUCAAACGUAAAGCAUGAGCAGCCAGAAGAGAUGGCUAAGAGCUCAUUCUUGGCUUCCUCGUACCGCAAUUUUACCGCCUCUAUCGGGAAGACUGCUCGGCCUCCCCCAGACGCAGAAUUUCCCCAACUCACACGAAACAUAUCUCGGGAGGCCGAUGGCUCGUCUCGAGGGAGCGUGUUCCACGUACCUGAAUACAGUGGCCCUGGUGUACCUCGAGCGGACGUGUUGGCUCGGCAAAUGGCCAUGGAACAAUCAAAUAGUACGAAGCCCGGGCCAACGUCGCACAGAAGAGGUGGUUCUGGAGACUCAAGUGACCAUCGUAAGUCACGAUACUCCACUCCGCGCGAUUCGCCCGCCCCGAGUAGGGGCCAUAGUCCUCCAAAAGAAAGCGGACUUCCACCAUUUCCUCGCACGGCGUCCACUGCAACCUCUAUUACAAGUGAAACAAACCCCGCUCGGUGGUUCCUUAGACAGAUUAGUUUCGGCGGAAGGAAAGGUGCAGCACCCAAGGCAACCACAGAGGCGGCCAUCGGGCAAGCUACCAUUGACAUUACACCCGGCAAAGUCAAACCAGCAAAGUUGGCCUUGGGGAAUGAAAACCAUAGAGGUGCUAUUGCUGAGAAGCUCGCAAGUACACGAAUGGAGAAAUCGCAACCCAUUGCUAUCAGAAGUGUAUCGCGAGCGGGCUUGCCGUCAGACGAAUCAUCUUCGCCAAGCAACGCGGGUCAUUCAGUUGAGACGGUCAAGGGGCUACGCACCAUGAGGACGACGAUUCCGUCUCAUCCAGGCUCCGUCGUCAAAGACCCAGGAUCCACUUUCUUGCUUGCGGGCUCGCGUGCCUUGGGCGAUUCUGUUCCUCCAAAACUAGACAUGCUGUCAACGAGCGGAGGCGCGAAAGUCAUCCCUCGAACCUUGUCACCUACCAGCGCCAUUGCUCCCUGGGCUGUGCUCGUCAAUCCCUGCAAUCCGAAGAAGAACAAUAUCAGCAUUGCCAGCCAGUUUCGACGGUGGCAACAUGUGUUCCCCAAGCGAUUAAAAACUGCUUCUGUGAAAUGGAAAUCACUUUGCUCUCCAGCUGCGGUGCCCCUGACAAACGAGUAUUUUCCUAGCCCUGAGCAACUGGCGACGGAGUACAAUGAGAGUCCGUAUAAGAUUACACAGAACGAUGACGAAGAGAUGCUCGAAGCUCCCAAAUCUCGAGAGUCUCUAGUUCGUGAGCUUAUAGCGUUUCGGUUGUCUCAUGGCUUCCAGAUCAUUGUGGGCUCCGCGGUAGCGGACUUCUCAGGACGUCGUGAACUGGACUUGGCCAAGAUAUUCGACGCGGAAUACAUGUCUCGUGACGGUGAUACUGUUUUUCUCAGUAUUGGUAAUACCAUCCACCAGCUUGUUUGUGUCGCUGGUGGCGAGGUUGAGAUCAAGCGAUACAGUCGCAAACCUACAACAGCACUCCAAUCAUCGGCAGGUAUUGACACACCUUUCCCUUAUAAGCCAUACAUACGAACGGCAUUUGAGGAUCAGUACGAGGCACGAAACGUCAUCCUUCGACCACCUCGAAAAGAGUACAACUGGAACUUCAUCGAUACCUUCCUCGCGGGAUACCAAGACGAAUUCUCCGAAGUUCUACGGUUCUGGAGAGCCCGUUUCGUACUGAUACCGGUGGACCUACCGACCAUAAAUAGACGACCACUGCCGAUGCUGGCUGAGGAUUCUGAGGAAGAGAUUCGGCUCGAAGGGAUUCGGAAGUUGACUCAAGUAUGGCAAAAGUACCGUUAUAUUCCACCCGAGGAGCGUCAUUUCCAGGCUACGAACAGUCGAAAACAGAAAGACCCCAAUCCCCUUGCGAUCGAAUAUCAAACUCGUGACCCUUCCGCUAUAGUUGCUGCAGGUGCAGACAAUUCUUUGAUCAACGACACCGAGAGCGAGUUUCCGACAUCAAUCUUCUCAGAGACGGAGCAAUACCACACUUCGAACAUUGACAUAAAGAAGCUUGCUGAAGAUAUUCAAGGUGAAGGAGGUGUCCCUAUGCUUGACCGACGGUGGCACAUGCGGUUGCAUUACAACUGUUUCCUAGGUUUCGAUCUCACGAGCUGGUUGCUGUCAAACUUCAAGGAUGUCGACACGCGCGACGAAGCUGUGGACCUGGGAAACCAGCUCAUGAAGAAAGGUCUCUUCCAUCAUGUCCAGAAACGACACGCAUUCCGCGACGGAAACUUCUUCUACUCAGUCGCCCCUGAGUAUCGCGCACCACGACCUGAAUCAAAAAGUGGCUGGUUUGGCAUGCGUAAAUCUGAUCGAUCUGUGCCCUCUACACCUCUUUCCGAUGGCCCACGUUCUUCGCCUUUGGCUUCCCGAGGAAGCUUACGCUCACGUCCCAGUACUGGCGAUUCGUCAAGUGCAGAUUCUGAGAAAGGUGGAGAGAAGACUCCGACUCGUUCGGGCACUCCCAAACGUAAAGUCUUGCUGUCGCGUGUCAUGCGGUACGACGUAGACCCUCGCAAGCGUUCCUAUCGACCGGAGAUUAUCUCGUUGCACUACGACCGUUUGUCGAACCCAGACAACUGCUACCAUAUCCGCAUCGAUUGGAUGAAUGUAACGGCGAAACUUAUCGAGGAUGCUAUUGUAUCCUGGGCCACUAGUGUCGAAAAGUAUGGCCUAAAGUUAGUCGAGGUGCCAAUUGCUGAAGCAUCGAACAUUGCCGACCACCACCCUUUCCGCGAACCAUACAUAAUCAAGCUUGCUCUACAACCACCUCAAACAAAUACUGAUGCCAGCUGGGAUUCGUCACACUUUUCAACACAGUACACCAAGAACGAUAGGUUUGCAUAUCACAAAGCUUUGCUGCGCCGGCUGAACUUUGUGCUAGACAUCGAAUCUGCCGAUUCUUUCCCUACCGAUGUCGAGGUGGCAUACUCAUGGGGGAGCCCAGAUUACAAGUACACACAAUUCAUUCACAAGAGCGGCACACUCAUGGCACAGAUACUGCACGACGGUAAUUUCGCAGUACUAGCAAAUCGUCUAGCGCAUAACCGCGCAAAGGACACGAACAGGUUCCGACCGACAGAUCCAUACGAACAUAAACGCGUAGUCAACGAUAAAGACCGGAUGCCCACGACCCCAGCAGAACGUGCGAACCCACAUCGGUCACCGUUCUCUAGUCCGCUCGCCCGUCCGGUUCAGGAUUCUAGCCUUCUUCACAGUGCGCUGCAGGACAAACCGUCCGCCACCCCUACGCCAAUUACAGCGACUUCGGCAUCAGCUGCGACCAUAACCCAGAGUCCUGAGCAAGUCAAAGACGAGCUUGAAGCAUUUUGCUCAAACGCUACCCUUCUGCAAGCAUUCUAUGCCACCGAGGUGUUCAAGCAAGCGCCGCAUCCCUCGCCUUCUCCACGCAUAAUGCCCGUUCUCGAUAACAACAUCCCGGCAUUGGGUCUGCCUCCGGCGAUUAAUGUUUUCGGCGCGAGCCCAGCUAACAGUCCCGGGUGGUCAUUGGGUGGAAGUGUAAUAAUCGGUGGAAGUACUAUUGCGGGAAGGAGGCAGGGGAACGAGGAAAGCAACGUAACCGCAGGAGGUGACUCCAAGGGGCUUCCGGUCGUACCGGUUCGUCAAGUCAUCAAUGCCAACCAUGUGAUUCCUACUCUACUGAAGCAGAACGCUCUCAACGCUUCACAUUGGGCGGAGAUCAAAAAGCCUACGUACCAUAUUGGUAAGUGGCCACCUACCAGCGUCGAAGAUAUCCUCGGUUCUCCUGCCAAGGAAGAGGAAUGCGGUGUCUGUGACAAGGACACAUCCGCUUGCGACUGCGACUGCGACUACCAACAGUGGUCGGCCCAGAUGCAAAUUUUCUGGAUCGAGAACAUCCGCAUCUCACUUACCCCUAGCAAGGGCUAUGGAGUGUUCGCUCGAUCAGACUUCAAGGCCAAUCAAGUCCUAGGUGAGUACACCGGUGAACUCGUUCCCAUUGACAAGACUAGGUCUGACGAGGAGACGCAGUAUCUUGCCAACAUAAAUAUUGGAAAGGCAAGUUUGACACAAAAGGGUACUUUGGCCUGUCGGCAGCCGUACUGUUGUAUCGAUGCUGCCAGCAAAGGUUCGGUUUUCCGCUUCUUGAAUCAUUCCUGUGAUCAUAAUGCUGCUUUGAUUCUUGGGCGCAUCGGCAUGAGUAGGAGGGUUAUGAUGAUUCAGACCACCAAGCCGAUUGCGGAAGGUGAAGAGAUUACGAUCGAUUACGGUCCUGAGUACUUUCAGCCAGAAUGGAACCACACCAUCACGCAUGACGACUACACCAAGAUGCUGAACGGGCACACUCCGCGCGACAUGGACGACAAGGUUUGGAUCAAAGCCAAGGUACCCGAAGCGCAGAGCAACGCUAUGUUCCAUAUCUACUAUGGCUGGAAACCUCGUGAGGUCAUCCGGCUCGAAAUUGUCGCGGGCGACCCCAACAACACCGAGGCCAAGGAAUGGGCUACUAUUAUCAAGAUAUGGUGGAAAAAAGAGUUCUCGGGAGAGGAACCCAUGACUGAAGAGGAGGCUAAGAAGAGCGUUAUUAAUACAUGCAACAAUAUGUUGGGUUGCAAGAUAGAGCACGAAGACGAGGAUGAGGGCGAGACCGAGGAGAAUGAAGAUGAGGACAAGAAGGAAAAGGACAAGAAGGAAAAGGACAAGAAGGAAAAGGACAAGAAGGAAAAGGACAAGAAGGAAAAGGACAAGAAGGAAAAGGACAAGAAGGAAAAGGACAAGAAGGAAAAGGACAAGAAGGAAAAGGACAAGAAGGAAAAGGACAAGAAGGAAAAGGACAAGGGUUAG